AUGCCUGCGCCUUCUUCCCUUCCUGCUUCCUCAGCUCCUGACCGCUCUUCUCCUCGUCGCAAUGCUCAGAAUGGAACUGCUGGUCGACGACAGGCGGCUGACCCUCUAGCUCUCAACGGAAACGCCGAUGACCAACCUCGUCCGCCUCAGGAAGAGGAUCCAGAUACGCGUCAGCGCCGACGCGCUCGGAGACAGUUCGAGGAGGAUGUCCCACAAGUUAAGGAUCAGACGGGUGAGAAAGUCAGAGAGAGCUUUGAGGUGUUCUUGAAGGACUACACCGAGGACGUUCUGUUGCCUGUCACACCGGCUAGUGAUGCGUUUCCCCCGGAUGUCGAAGGCGAGAAAUACUAUAUCACACAAAUCCACAAUAUGAAGCAAAAUGAGACUUCCACGCUAUAUGUCGACUUCAGUCAUCUGCUAGAGCGUGAUGAGGUACUGGCGAGGGCUAUCAGCGACCAAUAUUACCGAUUCCUCCCUUAUCUGCGUCGUGCACUGCAGAGUCUCGUACGGGAGUUCGAACCCGAUUACAUCUACCUUAACCCGACGUCAACCUCAGCCCAAGGCGGUAUGACCCGCGACUUCAGUAUCGCGUUCUACAACCUCCCACUCGUGUCUGGCAUUCGUGACCUUCGUACCGAGCGUAUCGGUACUCUUCUCUCCAUCAGCGGCACUGUCACUCGUACAUCCGAAGUGCGGCCAGAGCUGCUGUUCGGCACGUUCACCUGCGGAAACCCCAUCUGCAAAGCUAGCGUGCGUGACGUCGAGCAGCAAUUCAAGUACACGGAGCCCGCACAAUGCCAGAACCUUCAGUGCUCCAACCGCACCGGAUGGGACCUGAACAUUGAGCAGAGCCGAUUCAGCGACUGGCAAAAAGUGCGUAUCCAGGAAAACGCGAACGAGAUUCCGACUGGGUCGAUGCCUCGCUCGUUGGAUGUGAUCCUCCGAGGCGAACUGGUCGAGCGCGCAAAGGCAGGCGACAAGUGUGUCUUCACGGGGACCUUCAUCGUCGUUCCGGACGUCAGUCAACUUGGCUUGCCGGGCGUGAACGCGGAGAUGCAGCGCGAGGCCAGAGGAGGUCGGGCAGGCGCGGAUGGUGUUGCAAGCCAGGGCGUUACCGGUUUGAAGAGCCUCGGUGUGCGGGAUUUGCAGUACAAGACUGCGUUCUUAGCAUGUAUGGUGCGGGAUAGUGAUAUGAGGGCAUCUGCUGCUGAUGUGCGCGGGGAAGACAACGAGACCGACCGAGAAGCCUACCUAGAAUCAUUAACUAAAGAGGAGUAUGAGGAGCUCAUGGCGAUGGUAAACCAGGACUACCUGUACUCGAGCUUGGUUAGCAGCAUUGCGCCAACAGUUUAUGGUCACGAAAUAGUUAAGAAGGGCAUCCUGCUUCAGCUCAUGGGGGGCGUACACAAGCAAACACCUGAAGGUAUCAACCUUCGUGGUGAUAUCAACAUUUGCAUUGUUGGCGAUCCCAGUACCAGCAAGUCGCAGUUCCUUAAGUACGUAUGCGGGUUCCUGCCUCGUUCUGUUUACACAUCUGGCAAGGCUUCGUCAGCAGCUGGUCUCACGGCAGCGGUCGUGAAGGACGAGGAGACGGGCGAGUUUACGAUCGAGGCUGGUGCUCUCAUGCUUGCCGAUAACGGUAUCUGCGCCAUCGACGAGUUCGAUAAGAUGGACAUUGCCGAUCAGGUUGCAAUCCACGAGGCAAUGGAACAGCAGACCAUCUCGAUUGCAAAGGCCGGCAUUCACGCAACUCUGAACGCUCGGACAUCGAUCCUCGCCGCUGCUAACCCGAUUGGCGGUCGGUAUAACCGCAAGAUAAGCCUGAGGGCGAACGUCGCCAUGAGCGCACCUAUCAUGUCCCGUUUUGACCUAUUCUUCGUCGUCCUUGACCAGUGCAACGAAGAUAUCGACCUGAAGAUCGCGAGCCAUAUCGUCAAUGUACACCGUUUCCAGAGCGAGGCGAUCAACCCCGAGUUCUCCACAGAAACGCUCCAGCGGUAUAUCCGAUAUGCGCGCACAUUCAAUCCCAAGAUGACCCCAGAAGCUGCCGAUGUGCUUGUCGAGAAAUACCGUCUGCUGCGACAGGACGACGCGAGCGGCGUGAGCAGGAACUCGUAUCGCAUUACCGUCCGUCAAUUGGAGAGCAUGAUCCGUCUCAGCGAGGCUAUUGCGAGAGCCAACUGUCGUGACGAGAUCACUCCUGCGUUUGUUCGUGAGGCAUAUCACCUCCUUCGCCAGUCGAUCAUCCAUGUCGAACAGGACGACAUCGACUUUGAUGAUGAUGAACCUGCACCAGCCCAUGCAGACGGCGACGUGGACAUGGAUGGCACCGACGCACCAGGUCCAUCAGCAUCUAUCGGUGCUGACCUGUACUCCUCCCCCGUCCGUCCGACAGCCCCACCAACACAGGCACCCGAGCAGCCCACCGUGCCCACAAAGUUGCGUAUCACUCACGACAAAUACGUCAACAUGAUGAACAUGAUCGUGAUCCACCUGUCCGAGGUAGAGCGCAGCACGGGCACAGGGCUGGAGCUUGAGGAACUCGAGACGUGGUACCUGGAGCAGAUGGAGGAAGAGCUUACCGGACCACAGGAACUGAUGCUCGAGCAAGCGAUCUUCCACAAGGUGUUGAAGAAGCUUGUCAAGGACAACUAUGUGAUGGAGCUGAGAGGGGACAACCAGGAAAGUCUGAUGUCGGAAGAAUCGCAGGAAGUGCCGGAGGGGAAGAUCAUAUACAUCGUCCACCCGAGUGUAGACACGGACUUUACGUCUUCCUCCCUUCCUAUCUGA